AUGAACGCUUUCGUCGCCCCGAUCGCCGUCCUGCAUGCCGAGUCGUUGUGCACCCCGUCCACGGCCCUCCGCCGCACCACCUUUGUCACCCCCGCUCGGACCCAAUCUCGUCUCCCCACAGUCUUUCUCCCUGCGCGACGCACACCUCCCACCGCUUCCUUGGAAUCUGACGUGCGGACCGCCCUGAACAAGCUCUACGACACCACGCCCUGCAUGCCCAUCAUGGUCCGUUUGGCCUGGCACGACGCCGGCACCUACAAAGUCGCCGACGGCACAGGCGGCGCCAAUGCCUCCAUCCGCUACCUCCCUGAGAAGGGCCACGCCGCCAACAACGGUCUCAACAUCGCCAUGGAUCUGCUCGAGCCCAUCAAGGCCCAGUUCCCGGCCAUUUCGUAUGCAGAUCUCUAUCAGCUCGCCUCCGUCGUCGGGAUAGAGCACUCUGGCGGUCCGAAAGUCCCGUUCCGCAUGGGCCGCACCGACGCCGGAGAGGCCGACACCACAGAGGACGGCCGCCUCCCAGACGCGGACAAGCGCAUGGGCCAUCUGCGUGAAGUCUUCUAUAGAAUGGGCUUGAACGACACAGAGAUUACCGUGCUUAGUGGCGCGCACACCCUGGGCCGCGCGCAUCAGGACCGAUCUGGCUUUGAUGGGCCGUGGACAAAGGUACCUGUCGUCUUUGAUAACUCGUACUUCGUCGAGAUUCUUAAAGACGAACCGGACCCGGACCUGCUGCGUUUGUCUUCCGAUCUUGCGCUUCUAGAUAUCCCAGAGACAAAGGCGCUUUGUGAAAAGUACGCGAACGAUCAAAAAGCCUUUUUCGACGAUUACAUCCUAGCCCACCAGAAACUGAGUGAACUGGGAUGCUUCUCUACUUCAAAUAUUUCCUCGUCCUAAUGGUUGCGAUGCUUUUAGUGUAAAGCUAUGUGCAAAAUGGGUUGAAUCCUAAUGUUUUCCGAGUUUGUGCCGGGAUACAGUCUUUCUGACCUGCCACAUACAACUCUCGAUCCUACAUAACAUAAGCAUACCAUUGAGUCUAGAAGAAGAGACUGUUGUUCAUCCGUUUGCCGUUCAUAAGGCAUUGCGAGCCGAGGGCGACCAGAUCUCGUGAGUUUCGGGUGGAUGUUCAGGAGCUAUUGCAUUUCUCAAACUUGGCUCUGCUGAGUGCGUCUUCCUUCAAACUCGCGCUUCGGUUUAUUAUUUUUUUUUUUUGAGAGUCCCUGUCGAGUCUAGAUUAUCGCUCAAGCCUGCGUGUUUGUGCCUUCGAAUUAAAGAUAUGUCGGUCCUCGAUGAUUUGUUUGAAGCAGAGUCUAUACACGACACGAAAUUCGGUUUUUUGAAA